AUGGCGAUGGAAGAACUAAAUCCUGGAGAUGUGGUCGAGACAUCAUUCGGUGUUGGGGUAAUUGCCUCAUGUCCGGGGGAAGAAUCGGCUUUCUUCAAAGUCAUGCUCUGGCGUAUUCCCGGCAAGUCUAUGGGUUCGUCGAGUACCGCACACAUCCAGCGGGAUUCAAUCUUGGGGAGAUUGCCCGUGGCCCCAGGAAUGAUUACAAUCAAAGCUGGUGAUCCUUCGAAGAGAAAGUAUAUGGUGCAGGCUUAUUAUGCAUCGACCAAGCUUUACCAGAUCAGAGCUCUUGAGGACAACGAUGAGCUCGCGGCAAAUACUACAAACUCGACAGCAGUAGAUAUAGAUCCAAGCAAAAGCAACGAUACCGUUACUUCAGAGAGACUGUCUCGACUCUCUGUGAGUGGCCAUAUACUUUCGGAUCCACAUUCGUCUCUAAUUUCUGCCCAUGUGGAGUCAGUCUCUGCAAAUGAUUUGUCUCCAUCUCCUAGUGCUAAGUUUUAUCCGUUGUUAGUCGAAUUGAUACGCCGUGGAGAACAAACAGCUAGCGCAACUACCGAAUUUCUCAACAAGGAUGAAGUCACCAACGUACUGGGAAAGGCCUCAGAAUAUACUCAUAAGCAGUCGGCUGAAGCGAUGGCACAGGCAUCAUCUGUUAUCCCCGACGAUGUAAUUGGAAGUGCUGUCGAUAACUUGGCAACGCAAGUCAAGGGGGCUGUCAAUGAAGACGAAGUCCAGCAAGUGAUGGCUAUGAUUAAAGACGAGGAUCUAACAUUCCUUCUUGAAAAAGGGAAAGCACGAUUGGAACAGUUGCUCAACAAAGACAUCCCAAAAGCGACAGAAGCGGCUCUAGAAAAUGCAGGCAUUCGCGUGGUCAUGGAUGAAGAAUUCAGAGAGUCUCCUUAUUCAGAAGCAAUUACAAAAUCGAGAGAAAUGGCACUUGAGGCUUUAGAUGAUCUUCUCAAGAAAGCUGAGGUGGAUCCAAGCGACUUGGACAGCAUUAAGGAAAGCCUGGGAGAAAACUUCAGUACAAUGUUCGACUCACUCUCAGCUGCUGCGAAAUCAGAUCGAAAUCUAGCGAAGAUUUUGGACACUUUGAAUGAGCAAACUGCUGAGUGGCAGGAGGCGACGGGACGGCUCAUGUCAACUCGCUCAGCCAGUCUUUUCUUCGAAGGUGCAAACCGUAUCCAAGCUAGGGCAGCCAGUCUUUUCUCAAAAGAUCAGCUACAGUGGGCUGGGGAAAUUGGAUCAAAGUUCACUAAAGCUUUCACGGAAGGAGAUGCUGCAGUGGCGAGACUGAAAUCAAUUGAGUUAGGAGAGUCGGUGCGAGACCGUCUUGUGCGAGCGAUUGAAAUUAGAAGCGAAUCACUUGGAGGACUGGAUGGUAUCAUUGCUGGAGCUUUAACAACAGCGAGAUCGAAGGGUGGGGAAUCAGGUGAUCAAUUAAAAGAUAUGCUUACGCUCCUCCAAGGCCAAGCUGACUCCGCCAGCAAGGAUGCGAACGAAUCCCUUAUUUCCGUCCUUUCACAUCGAAAUGAGUACCGCGACGUAGCACUUCUUAAGUUGGAGCAAGUUCUCUGUGAGUUAGAAUCACAUUUAGGUCAGCAUAUGGCACCUGAAGAAAUUGCUGCCCUUGCCAGAGGAGAAGGAGGAACAUCGAAACUGUUCGAACCCAUUGCAAAGCGAGCAGCCGAUGAGAUCGAAAAGCAGCUUGGCGCCGCAGAGGAAUCUGUGACCGAUGAGACAAUGCUGGGAGUCUUGAAACAUGUUCGAAAGAUCAUUUCUGGAGAGAUGACAGUGAAUGCAGUUAUGGAUGAGGUCGUCGGUAUUCUCAACGAUGAUAAUGUGGUCGCUGCUGGUGAAAACCUUGUCAAGCAGGGUGAGCAAGUACUAGAUGUGAUAGAAGGUGUCUCCGGUAAUAAAAUGGUCGAAGAUGCUCUGCAGAUUGCUGAAAAGGCGGGAAUUACAAAGGAUAGUGUCAUGGAAGGCAUUGAAAAGAUCGAUGUCAAUGAACUCUUGGACAAUGCAGGAAAUGCGAUCAAUGAUGACGCAGCAAGACAGAAACUUCUAUCUGAUGCGACAGAUACAGCCCUUGAUUUCAUUCUUCGAGUCCUCCCUUCGAUGCCUAUACCUCCAGUGGAUGGGGUCAAGGAUGGCUUAGUAUAUCAUAUAUCGAACCUUUCAAUGGAGGGUUUUAAAGUCACAAAAGAAAACAUCUUAGUCGAGGUUGCUGGUAUGCGUGCGACCAAGAAAGCUGAUGGUGCCAAGGAGUCGGGUGCCGAAUCGUCGGAGGGUGGUGAUACCACAACAGGGCGAAAUAUUCGAAAUACUAGCUCAUCGAUGGAUCUGGACACACAUUUAGAUGAAAAUGCUGUUGUCAAUGCCACAGAAUUGUUGAUCAUUGAUGUCAAGCAGGUUUCCGCGAUAUUUAACCAUGCCAUGUGGGGAUUCGAGCAAACGUACAUGCCUUAUUUGAAAGGAAAUGGGAAGUUUGACGUGAAGAUGUCGGGCGGCGCCAUUCGCCUUUCCUUUGAGCUAAGAAAACGCCUAAAAGUAGGGAUCGAAGAGGGUCAGAACGAAUACAAACCAGAAGACUGGGAGCCUGUUUUGUGUCUGCAUGAUAGACUCUGCACCAUUGGCUCUGUUGAGUUUUCCAUGCAAGGUGGGUCUAAACUUGCGUGGGUUAUUAACAAGGUCGCGUCGGUUUUUAAAGGACUUUUGAGAGAUUACGUUGUAAAAGCAAUCCUUCAAAUAAUCUCAAACAGGAGUGGCUGGAUCCUUUCGAAGCUCAACGAAGGACUAAGUCCGUUCUGGGACGUACUUCUGAGAACUGCAAAAUUAGAGUUAAGCGAAUUGGAGAUUGCAACACGUGACGACAUUAUUGAGGCAAUUCCUGAGAAAGAAACUAAUCUGCUCGAACUAGUAUGGCGAGAGCGGCUCCCAUUGGGAAUGAACCUUCUUCUGAAUGACGAAAGCGGAAAAUUAAAGAUUGUUGAUUUUCCGCGUGGAAGUCAAGCCAGAAGCGUUUGCGAAAAACGGAACCUUGAUCCUAACUUGUUCAAAGGGUCCACCAUUGUGGCUGUCAAUGGAAUUCGAUAUCAGAAUGACGAUGACUUGUUCGAAGCGUUGAAGGAUCCAAGCCGGCCGAAGACUAUUCAAUUCGAGUUGGCCGAAAGUGAAGACGCAGAGAGAAUCAAAAACUUCGUUGCGAAGAGCAAAAAAGAUGCAUCAGCAGAGGAAGUUGAUGAUGGGCCAGUUGAGCGCAACUUCUCUACGAGAAAAGUUCUGUUUACAGAGCUUGGAGACUUAGGUAUCGAGUUUGCAAACGCGCCAGAUAAUUUUGGGCUAGUUAUCAGGCAGCUAAUUCCCCGAGACGAUGGUGUGGUCACUGCUGCUGAGCGCUGUGAGGAUUUGAAUGAGGGUGACUUACUUACCCGUGUGAAUGGCAACCCUGUAUUGGGUGCUGACGGUGCUGGAAGGUCGAAAGCAUUGAAGCUCUUGCAAGAAGAAGGACACAAACGCCCUCUUUCACUUGAGUUUUCAGAUCCCUAUUUGUUCCGGGCUUCUUUCAAAAAGCCUGAGGGCUCUGGAAUAGAGAUUGGAGGUCCCGAAGAACUCAAGCUUGAAGAAAAGAAAGUCGAAGGUACGAAGCGAGUCGCGUUGACUGGUUUCAAGCAGGUUGAUGGGAUCGCAGAAAAGAGCGGUAUUUUGUUGGGUGAUUAUUUGGUUUUUGUAAACGGUUGCUCCGUCGGAGCUGGUUGUCGAUGGCUUGGAGAGAGCUCGAAUCCAACCAUGGCAGAGGUCGAAGGAAUGAUCAAGGAUGCUUCAAAGUACCCGAUAGGGCUGACUUUUGCCCGCCCUUUGCGUGAUAGAGCCGAUAAUAAGGGCUGGUCAGCAAUGAUUAGUGGUGGUGGGCCAAAAUCCACUGCUAUCACGAUGGAAAACUCCGAGACGGUGUGCGUAGCGGCGGACGCACCCGAACAGCUCGGUCUGGUUCUCGAAACAGUCAAUGCAUCGGAUGUUGUCGUUAAGGACCUCGAAGGAGUACCCGGACCUUUCCAGUCCCUAGCAGCGAUAUUGAAAGAUCGGCAGACAAAGAAGCUUCAUCAAUCCAUAGACGCUGUAAAUGGAGAGUUUGUCCCAUCGUUUGCCACUCCACAGAUGGUAUUGAGUGCAAUGGAUAGGAGCUGGAAGUCACAAGGUUGUGUUGAAGUCAUGUUUUGUGACGAUCAGCGAAAAAUAUGGGUUCAAUCACUACAGUAA